AUGAGUACGGGAAUAAAGAAAUCCCCUUCAAAUGGCUCUGAGAAGAUUUUAUCAUUUGAAGAGCAGCAGGCAAAGAUUAACGAAGUGAAGAGGUUGAUAGGAACAUUGCCUGAUAAGUUGUCCAUUUAUUGUUCUGAUGGAUCCAUCUCAAGGCAUCUAAGGGCAAGAAACUGGAAUGUCAAGAAAGCUACGAAAAUGUUAAAAGAUACCUUGAAAUGGAGGGCAGAAUACAAACCGGAGGAGAUUCGUUGGGAAGAGGUAGCUCGUGAAGCAGAAACAGGGAAAAUUUACAGAUCAAAUUAUUUUGACAAGCAUGGGAGACCAGUUCUUGUCAUGAGACCUAGUUGUCAGAACUCAAAGUCGACAAAAGGACAGAUUAGAUACUUGGUAUACUGCAUGGAGAAUGCUAUUUUAAAUCUACCUCCAGAUCAGGAACAAAUGGUUUGGAUGAUAGAUUUUCAGGGUUUCAAUUUGUCACAUAUUUCAGUGAAGUUGACACGGGAAACUGCCCAUGUUUUACAAGACCAUUAUCCAGAACGCCUAGGUCUUGCAAUACUGUACAAUCCACCAAAGUUUUUUGAACCAUUCUUUACGAUGGUAAAGCCUUUUCUGGAGCCAAAGACUUACAACAAAGUCAAGUUUGUUUACUCGGAUGAUGUCAACGCCAAGAAGAUAAUGGAGGAUCUAUUUGAUAUUGAUAAACUGGAGGCUGCAUUUGGGGGAAAUGAUACAUCAGGUUUUGAUAUAAAUAAAUAUGCUGAGAGGAUGAAAGAGGAUGACAAGAAGAUGCCUGCAAUUUGGACAAGAGGAAAUCCUGCUUUGGCAGCCUCAGAACCUGCCCCUACCAGUGCUGCUCUUACAUUGGAUUCUAUCAAGUUAGACACAGAUUCUGAUGCAUCUGAUAAUGAAAAAACAGACAGUUCCUCAUCCCAUGGGAUAGAACCAGAAGUUGUCUCAGACCAUGAUGAACUGGUGGCUGCCGGUACCAGAAACGCUACCGAAGAUGUACAUUGA